CAACAGAAAGUGCUCUUCUUCACUCGCGCUCUCUCGUUGAUUUCCGUUCACCAUCGGCAUCUGAACAUGGCGAUUGUCUCUUUACGAAACUCUGCGUCCUCGCUGUUGUUAUUUAGCAGAAGGUUAUGCAGCCCGCAGCUGAGUGCGCUCUGUUCAUAUCACAAAAAGGUGUUGGACCACUAUGAAAACCCGAGAAAUGUGGGGUCUUUUGACAAAAACUCUAAGAAUGUGGGGACUGGAUUGGUCGGUGCACCAGCCUGUGGUGAUGUUAUGAAACUUCAGAUCCAGGUGGAUGAAAAUGGCAAGAUUGUUGAUGCGCGAUUUAAGACAUUUGGCUGUGGAUCAGCCAUUGCCUCUAGCUCUCUGGCAACAGAGUGGGUGAAGGGGAAGUCGAUUGAUGAAGCUCUGAAGAUCAAAAACACAGACAUUGCCAAAGAACUCUGCCUUCCUCCGGUCAAGCUUCAUUGCUCUAUGCUUGCAGAAGAUGCCAUAAAAGCAGCGCUGUCAGACUACAGACUAAAACAAGAGGACAAGAAGCAGAAACGUGUACAAGCCACCAGUUAAUAUGUUGUGAUUAGCCAUCCAUUAUGGGCAACUCAGUGUUUCACUGCAGUGCUGCCUGGAAGAUUGGCUACUCUACACUACAUCAGGUCUUUCAUUCUUUUGGGUGUUUUAUACCCUUUAAAAGUCUCCCUGUGUAAUUGAUGUAGGGUCACUGUCUUCAAUUCAAGCCAAGACUUUCAUAUUGUUCAAGUGCCGGAUUUUAAAGAUGUUCAUUUGUUUUAAAUAAUGUGAUCAGAAUUAUGAUCCUUAAAUUUGAACAAAGGAGAUUGGCAUUGUUGCCUCUUUGCAGUGUUUUUCUACAAAGAACAUAAGAAAGAUACAUCAAAUCAGAAACUCUCAUACUUUUGUUUUGUACAGUUUUUUUUUGGCAUUUUGACUUUAUUUGGCCUGAGUGUAUAAAAUCACUCCACCUUUUUGGAGGAUUCAGUAUGAAGUGCAGUUAGGUCAGCUUUUUAUGUACACAUGCAAAAAUAUAACAGAAUACUGUAUGAGAUGGUGUGCUUAUUAUGAAUUAAAUUCAUUAAAACAUU